AUGUGCGCGACAGACAACGCGGCCAGCAGCCCGCCUCGUGCUGUAGACGGGGGUCAAGGCAAUAUUGCCGUAGAGGAUCGCGAUAUUAUCGCUGCCGAGGAGGUCACGGAUGAUGACUCUUCGGCUACUAGCCAAAGUGUGGCUUCAUCUAGCACAAGUCUGUCUAGUUCGAUUCUCGACUACCGCUUAGAGAACGGUAGAACCUACCACAAGUACAAGGACGGCAAAUACUACGUUCCUAAUGAUGAGAGAGAGAAUGAUCGACUUGACUUGCAACACAACUUGUUCAUUCGGACAUUUGGCAACCGACUUGGCACUGCACCUCCCAAUGAGCCUGGGUCCAAAGUCGGACGGGUUUUGGAUGUAGGCACAGGCACAGGAAUUUGGGCGAUUGAUUUCGGAGACGAACAUCCAGAGGCCGAGGUUCUCGGUAUCGACUUAUCUCCCGCUCAGCCAGAAUUUGUACCUCCGAAUGUGAGGUUUGAAAUCGACGACCUUGAGGAGCCUUGGACAUACUCACGUCCUUUCGACUACAUCCACAGCCGCAUGAUCACGUCCUGCGUCAAGGAUUGGAAGGCCUAUUUUCAACAAAGCUUUGAUCAUCUCAACCCGGGUGGAUAUCUCGAAAUCCACGAAAUUGACGUCGAGCCUGACUCCGAUGACGGCACGUUAAAAGCGGACUCAGCUCUCAUGAAGAGUCUACGGCUUUGGCAGGAAGCUGCUGUCAUCUUUGAGCGCCCUUUCGAAGACAUCAAGUCACUGGCUGGUAUUAUGGCUGAUGUUGGCUUUGAAGAUGUCCACUUGGAGAGAUAUAAGUGGCCCACGAAUACAUGGCCGAAAGACCGGAACUACAAAGAAAUCGGAGCGUGGACCUAUGAGAAUCUUGCUGUCAAUUGGGAAGGGUUCAUUAUGGCGCCUCUAACUCGAGCCCACAAUUGGACGAAGGAGGAAGUAAUGCUACUUGCUAUGGAAGCUCGUAAGGAUCUAGGCGACAGAAGCAUCCACGCCUACUUCACCAUAUGGGCGAUCCACGGUCGAAAGCCAUUGACAGCCAAGUCGACUGAAGAAGCAACCACUGGUUGA